AUGUUGCAAUCCAAAGCGGCCUCCAGGGCCGUACAAUCCCAAUGUCGCCGAUUUUCGAGUACGCCUGCAACAGCAGCCAUCUCUCCCUACCGAAAACAAUUGCCCCAGACCCAGCAAAAACCGGCACGACGAAAUGUAUCGGACACCGCGACACGAUCAGCGCAAGCCGCUACGGCGCCGUCGCCACAAAGAGCCGUGCCCAGCCCUGCCUUCAACCGUGAAGACAGUUCGAAAGUGAGGGGCGUUUCACGUUUGGAGCCAUUCAGACAACCCGAGAUGGAUCACAGCUUUGUCGGAAUGAAGGGUGGAGAGAUAUUCCAUGAGAUGAUGCUUAGGCAGGGCGUGAAACACAUCUGUACGUUGCAUGGCACCACUCGAGCACAUGCCGAGGCCAUGUCGAAAAGCUAAUGCGAAAGACAGUUGGAUAUCCUGGAGGCGCCAUUUUGCCCGUCUUCGAUGCCAUCUACAACAGCGAACAUUUUGACUUCAUCCUCCCCAGACAUGAGCAGGGCGCGGGUCACAUGGCCGAGGGUUACGCGCGUGCUUCUGGCAAGCCUGGUGUCGUCCUCGUGACAUCUGGUCCCGGAGCCACCAACACCAUCACUCCGAUGCAAGACGCUCUGAUGGAUGGUACUCCGAUGGUCGUGUUCUGCGGACAGGUCGUGACCUCAGCAAUUGGCUCCGAUGCCUUCCAGGAGGCGGACACUGUCGGUAUUUCAAGAGCAUGUACCAAGUGGAACGUCAUGGUCAAGAACAUUGCGGAGCUUCCAAGAAGGAUAAACGAGGCAUUCGAGAUUGCAACCUCUGGACGACCCGGCCCAGUCUUGGUCGACUUACCAAAGGAUGUCACUGCUGGAACUCUGCAAAGGCCAAUUCCUAUGACUUCGACCCUGCCAACACAUCCAUCGGCCGCUACCAUCGCAGCACGUGAGCUUUCCUUGAAGCAGUUGGAUGGCAGCAUCAGACGCUCUGCCGAUCUCAUCAACAUGGCGAAGAAGCCAGUUGUGUACGCUGGUCAGGGUGUCCUUGGCCAUCCGGAUGGACCUAAAUUCUUGAAGGAGCUCUCCGAGAGGGCUCAGAUUCCAGUCACCACAACUUUGCAAGGUCUUGGCGGAUACGAUGAGCUUGACCCCAAGUCUCUCCACAUGCUUGGUAUGCACGGCUCAGCAUACGCCAACAUGGCCAUGCAAGAGGCAGACUUGAUCAUCGCUCUAGGCGGACGAUUCGACGAUCGCAUCACUGGUAGCGUUGCUCGCUUUGCGCCUCAGGCACGUCUCGCAGCGUCGGAGGGCCGCGGAGGCAUCAUCCACUUUGACAUCAUGCCGAAGAACAUCAACAAGGUCGUGCAAGCCACCGAAGCUGUGGAGGGUGACGUGACCGCCAACCUCGCCCUUCUAUUGCCACACAUUGAAGCCAGAACACAGGAACAACGAAAGGAAUGGUUUGGCCAGAUCAAAGCCUGGAAGGAGCGCUUCCCAUGGGCAUAUGAGAAGGAAGACGGCCCAGACGGUGCCAUCAAGCCCCAGACCGUCGUGUCAACUCUGUCCGACAUGACCGCCGACAGGAAGAUGGACACCAUCAUUGCGACUGGUGUCGGCCAACAUCAAAUGUGGGCAGCGCAGCACUUCCGCUGGAGAGCACCACGCUCGAUGAUCACUUCUGGAGGUCUUGGAACGAUGGGUUACGGUUUGCCAGCAGCUAUUGGAGCCAAGGUGGCACAACCGGAAAAGCUUGUGGUGGACAUUGACGGUGACGCCUCGUUCCUCAUGACGCAGACGGAGCUUGGCACGGCUUCUGAAUUCCAGAUCGGGGUCAAGGUGAUUGUUUUGAACAACGAAGAACAGGGAAUGGUCACACAAUGGCAAUCUCUCUUCUACAACGACCGCUUCGCGCAUACGCACCAGAGGAAUCCGGACUUCGUCAAGCUUGCAGAGGCUAUGCACGUUCCGGCGAGGAGAACUACCAAGUUGGGCACUCUGAAGGAUGACCUGCAAUGGUUGAUCGAGGGCUCUGGCGAAGGACCAGCGUUUCUGGAGGUCAAGGUCGACCAGAAGGUGCCCGUGCUGCCCAUGGUGCCCGGCGGUAGCGCUCUGCACGAGUUCCUGGUGUACGACGAAACCAAGGAGAAGGAGCGGAGACAGAGGACCAGGGAGCGAUCGGGAAGAUGA